AUGAACAAUUCAGCAAUGUCACAGGCUGAAUUUCUCGAAUUGCUGGAAAAAAUGCGGAGCACUUAUACCUGGCUCAUACCGCUGAUGUUGAUGGUUUUGCUGGUGAGUUCAGGGGGUUCUGAAUUCUGAUUCUGAACUUCAGGAGUGAGAUCUAGAAUUUUCGGAAAUCUCAGGAUUUUAGACAAAAAAAAUUAUGAAAAAAACAUUUUUUUCACAAAAAAUUUAGUUUUUGAAAUUUUCUGAAUCGAAAUUAAUUUUGGAAAAAAAUCUGGAACUUUAAACUUUAGGAACAGCUUUAAGAAUCUGAAAACCCUCUCAACUUUUUUGAAAAAAAUAUUUUUUUUUUCAUUUUUGUGUGGAGAAAAAAGUAAAAAAAAUAGAAAAAAAAAUGUCGUUUUUCGAAAUUUUUUUUUUUUUUGGAAAAAAAAUCUGGAACUUCAAACUUCCAACUGCUUUAAGAAUCUGAAAACCAACUUUUUUUAAAAAUUUUUUCAAAUUCGAAUUUUUUUUUUGGAAAAUUUCAAUUUCCAUUUUGAAAUUUAGAAAAACUAGAGAAAUUGUGUUUUUCAAAAUGAAAAUCUGAAAAAAUUCAAGAAAUCUAGUUUCAGAACUUUUUUUGAAGACGAUAAUUUCAAGAAUCUGAAAAAAAAUAAUUUUGGAAAAUUUUUUGAAAUUUUUUUCCACACAAAAAUGAAAAAAAUGAAAAAAAAAUUUUUUUUUUUGUAAAAUUUUUUUUAAAUCUGGAAUUUCAGAACAGCUUUGAGAAUCUGAAAACCAAUUUUUUUUCAAUUUCGAAAAAUGUCUAUUUCUGAUCUUAAAAUUAAAUCCAAUGAUCCGAUUAAACAUUUUUUUCAAAAAAUUCCAAAAAAUUUUUCAAAAUCCACGUUCCUUUUUCCAUUUUCUCUUCUAAAAAAAGAGCAAGCAAUUAAAAAUCGACUUCCGCUAACUCCAAAAAUGUCCAAAAUUCAGAUCGCAAUUCUGGGAAAUGGCCUAAUUGUCAUGUCGUCGUCAUGGUUAUCCAGCCCGGUUUCACCGUAUUUGAAGUUGUGUGUUUCGCUGGCAGCCGCUGAUAUGUGGGCCGCGAUUUUGUUGUCUUCUGGUGAGUAGAUUCGGCCUAAACCAGGCCUAAAAGCCUAAGCCUAAGCCUAAAAUUUUGCAGGCCUUCUGGUCAACUCAUAUCUCCCAGUCGUCCAUCAAAUAAAAGCGGGUGGACCGUGUUUUGAAGCGGUUUUGGAGAUGGUUCGAAUCGGUGGAAUGUUGACAUCGGAUAUGCAUCUUUUUGCAUUGGCUAUCAAUCAAUUUUUGGGAACUAUGUAUCCGUUGAAGUAUAAGGUUGGUUGAAGUAAUCGCGCCAAGAGAACCUGAUUGUCUAGGAGCCACGCCUUGAGAGCUUCUAUGUCAAGUAGCCGAGCCUAGAAACCCUUGUCCUCAAGGAGCCGCGCCUAGAGAGGAUAAUUGUCAAGUAGCCGCGCCUUGAGAGCUUCUAUGCAAAGUAGCCAAUCCUAGAGAACUUUUUUGUGAAGCUGCCGCGCCUUGAGAGUUUCUAUGCCAAGUAGCCGAACCUAGUAAUCCUAGUUUUCAAGCAGCUGAGCCUAGACAACCUGGACCUUAAGAAACCGCGCCUAGAGAACCUGGUUCUCAAGGUUUAGCACCUAGAGGACGUCAUUGGCAAGAUUCAGGGCCUAGAAAAUCUAAUUGUGAAGGAGCAGCACCUAGAGGACGUCAUUGGCAAGGGACAGCGCCUUGAGAGGAUAUAUGUCAAGUAGCCGAGCCUACAGAUUCACUAUGGCAAGGGACCGAGUCUUGAGGACCCCAUCGUCUAGGAUUAGCGUCUAGAGAAUUGUGUUUUCAAGUAGCCGUGUCUAGAGAACCCCAUCGUCAAAGAUCAGCGCCUAGAGAACCUUGUUUUCAAGCAUCAACGCCUAGACAACCUGGUUCUCAAGUAGUCUCGCCUUGAGGACCCCAUCGUCAAGUAGCCGCGCCUAGAGAACCUUGUUGUCAAGCUGCCGUGCCUAGAAAAUCUAAUUGUGAAGGAUCAGCGCCUAGACAACCUGGUUCUCAAGCUGCCGUGCCUAGCGAACCUAGUUUUCAAGUAGCUGAGCCUAGAGAACCUUGUUCUCAAGGUUUAGCGCCUAGAGAUGAUAAUUGUCAAGUAGCUGAACCUUGAGAACCCCAUCGUCAAGGAUCAGCGCCUUGAGAACCUGGUUUUCAAGUAGCCGCGCCUAGAGAGGUCAGAAAAAUCAGUUAUGACGUGGCAACUGUAAAAUGAAUUUUUUGAAUUGCAUUAAAACUCAAAAUUCAAAAAAAAAAUCUUGGAAUCUUUCCACAAAUCAAAAAUUUUGGUGAAUUCAGGUGAAUUCUUCAAGCUUCUGGGAGCUUUUAUAGAUUCUUCAGAAGCUUCAGAAGCUAGCUGGGAGUCUUCAGAAGCUUCAGAAGCUUGUCAAAAGCUCUUGGUGACCUUCAGAAGCUUUUGAGCACUUUCUGAAGGUUUUGGAGCUUUCCAGAAGCUCUUGGUGACCUUCAGAAGCUUUAGAAGCUUUGUCAGAAUCAUCUAAUCUCCAAAUUCCCCAGAUAAUGGUGACAACCCGCCGCAUCCGCGCCCUAAUCCUCUGCCUCUGGUUCGUCCCGCAGUUCUUCGUCUUCUUCUGGUUCGUUCUCGAUGAAAACGACGGACUUCGCAACGAGAAUUGCCGUUUCAACACCUACAAUCACUUCAAAUUCCGAAUCACCGUUUUUCUGAUCUUCAUGAUUCCACUGAUCUCGACACUGGUGAUCUACGGUUGUAUUUUGGUGAAAUUAUUGAAGGCCAAAGUGGAAUUCGAAUCAGUUUCUGGAAAUCGGAAGAUGAACAACUUGCAGCAGACGUAAGUUGUUUUUAGUGCAAAAAGAUGAAUAGGGAUCAUAAUUGAGUUAGAGUUAGCCUAACUGAAUUCCUUCCAGCCACAGCUACAGUACCCGCCGAACUACAAACGUCUACUCAAAGCUGAAAUUAGUUUGGACAACUCUAUUGAUCGUCUCAACAUUCUCAUUGUCCUGGGGACUUUGUGUACUGUAUUUUGUGUUGGUUUGCAACGAUUGUAUUGUUGUGUACAGGAGGGAUAUUCCGCUCUCCUGGUCGCUGGUUUUGAGUAGCAGUGUGAAUAUGUUGGUGAGUGAGCUUGGGAGCUUGGGAGCUAUGUUUUGAGCUCAAAUUUGAGUAUUUUUGCUCUAGAUUUGCUCUAGAUUGUGCCCUAGAUUUUGGAUGUUUUGAAUUUUUAAAGAUCAGCAGAUUUUUUGACGUUACUAACAGAGUUUAAGCUUAUGCUAAGCACUAGGCUUAGGCUUUAGGCUUAGAUAAAGUUAAGCUUAGGCUUAGAUAAAGUUAGGCUUAGGCCAAUUUUUAAGGACCAGCGACUAGAGAACCUGGUUGUAUAGUGUCCACGCCUUGACAGUUCAUGUGUCAAGGGUCAGCGCCUAGAGCUCACAGUUGUCAAGGAUCAACGCCUAGAGAACCUAGUUGUCAAGCAGCCGCGCCUAGACAGUUCAAACUUCAAGUAUCAGCGUCUUGAGAACCUAAGUGUAUAGUGUCCGCGCAUAAAGAAUUCGAUUUUCAUGGAUCUGAAUCGAGAGAGGCUAGUUGUCUAGUGCCCGCGCCUAGAGAACCUAGUGGUCAAGCAGCUACGUCUAGACCGUUUACAUUUCAAGGAUCAGCGCCUAGAAAGCCUAGGUGUAUAGUGUCCACUCCUGGACAGUUCAAACUUCAAGCAGCCGCGCCUAGAGAACUUAUGGGUAUAGUGUCCACGCCUAGACAGCUCAAAUUUCAAGCAUCAGCGCCUAGAGAACUCAAUCGUCAAGAAUCAGCGCCUGGAAAACCUAGGUGUAUAGUGUCCGCCCCUAGAGAACUCAAUCGUCAAGCAUCAGCGCCUUAAGAUCAAUUAUGGCAAGCUGCCGAGACUAGAGAAUUUGAUUUUCAAGGAUCUGAAUCGAGAGAGGCUUGUUGUAUAGUGUCCGCGUCUAGACCUCACAGUUGUCAAGGAUUAGCGCCUUGAGGUCCAGCAUGACAAGUAGGCGCGCCUAGAGAACCUGGUUUUCAAGUAGCCACGCCUAGACAGAUCAAACUUCAAGGGUCAGCGCCUAGAGAACCUAGUUGUCAAGCAGCUACGUCUAGACAGUUUACAUUUCAAGGAUCAGCGCCUAGAGAACUCAAAGAUCAGCGCCUAGAGAACCUGGUUGUCAAGCAGCAGCUCCUUGCGAGCUAUUAUAACAAGGACCAGCGCCUUGAGGUCGACUAUGGCAAGUAGCCGCCUAGACGUCACUCUAGACCUUCAGAAACCUCAUCAUAUUUUUUUCCAGGUAAUGCUCAAACUCGCCCUAAACCCCUUCAUCUACACACUCCGCAUCAAAGCCAUCCGCUCAUCCGUCGAUCAUUUUCUCAACUUCAUUUCGCGUCGAAAACCCGUAGAUCAAAAAUAUUCGCACUACAGUCUGGGAGUCUCACACAGCAUCGGAAAAUCCACCAUCGAACCAACGGCGAUUUGA